AUGUGGAAACACCAAUGAAAAUAAAAUCUCAUUCUGGUGUUCUCAUUAUGUACUCUCCAAAAUGUUUUACUGCUGGUUAUAACUAAUGCUGACAUUAUAUUUAACUCAUUAAUGAGACCGUUUAUUUAUAGAUAACUGAUUAAACACAUAACAGAAAUGAAAAGCUGAUUUGCUCCUCCUACUUAGACUCAGAAUAGACAAAACCAAUGAGGAAGUGACACAAUUUUAUACAGGAUACAUUCAGUAAGCAUCAAGACUGAAAAAGAGAAGAAUGAUGGUUGAAAAUAAACAGAUUAAAAUGUCUUUUUCUCUGCUACUGAUGCUUCAGAUCACAGUGGAAGCUGGAACAAUUUCAUCUGUUGUCAGAAGAGGAGAUGAUGCCAUGUUGUCCUGUGCAAAUCUGAAUGUGCAUGACUGUGGUCAGAUUGGCUUUAUUUACAUUAUGGACACUUACAGAACAGAACUGGUCCAACGUGGUCAGAUUAAAAACAAUGGAAAAGUUACAACAGACAGGCUAAGAAUGACAGCAAACUGCUCUCUGGUUAUAAAGGAGGUCAUACCUGAAGAUGCCGGCCUCUAUUACUGUCAGCAGAACCAUCAUCAGCAAGUUGAAUAUACUGAGAACUGGCUGUCAGUUGUUAGCAUAAACGAGCAUGAAGCUUAUGAAAAUGUUGCGCUGACCUGCAGUGUGUCGACAUAUGUACAAUGCAAACAUCCAGUGAAGUGGCUAUAUGAGGAAAAUGAAGUGACCAAAAACAACAAAAACAUACGGUUAUCACAGGACAUCUGCUGGUCUACAGUCACAUUUAAAAAGUCAAUCAACACCGAGUCGUUCACGUGCAAAGUAGAAGACAAAAACACUGGAAAUAUUCACCUGUUUCCCAUCAGGCCUCGGUCUUCAGAUGAGGAAAACAAGAUGAAUGUGGAGACAACAAGAGUCACACCAACAACAAGAAUGACAACUAAAUUAACAACAGUGAAAAACAGUGAAGACACAAUGACCACAUCUGCACCCGGUUACUACACAACAAAACCAGUUUCAGGUUUUCCAGACUGGGCAAAGUUCCCCAUUGCUUCAGGUUUAGCAGCACUUCUAGUAACUACUGUGGUGCUUCUCAUUUGGAAGAUUAAAAAAGGGAACAAAACACAGAUGGGAGAAGGCACUGUUGCUGACCCUGAAGAUGCUGUUCCCUACGCCUCAGUUCACUUCACCAAGAAGGCCAGAAAAGCUGGGGCCCAGCGUAAAAAUGAUGAUGAUGAUGAUGAUGAUGAUGAUGCAGUGACAUACAGCACCGUUAAAGCCUCCUCCUCUUCUGCUGCAGACUCCUGUGAUCCCAGCAUCCUCUAUGUUACUGUAAACAAACCAAAAUAGUGUCCAUGUAACCAAAUAGUAUAGACCACAGCAGUGUUUCAUAGCAGUUCACCUAUCAGUUCGCUGUUUUUAUGUUAUUAUAGUCUUUCAUGUUCUAAAAUUAACGUGUUGACAAAAUGUUAAAAGAAGAAAAAUAUAUUAAGCAUCUGUGUCUGUUUAUGAUGGUUAAACUGUAAAAAAAAAAAAAUGCUAUAUAGGCUAAUGCUUUUUUGAUUGUAGACAUAUUUGUAAUGAAAAUAGUGGUUAAAAUAAGAUGUUUUCUGGAAUUAAAAUGAACCAAACUUUCUACUGAACUUCAGUGAAUGUAUAAAGCUUCUCUUUGGGCCAAACUUUCUGAUGUUUUCUGCUUGUUUUUGAGGAAUACAGAUGGAAAGAGUACGCACAAAGUCUGAGGCUGAUUUU